AUGACAUGUGCAUUCACAGAAUACUAUUACGUUUACAAGUUUUGUCUUGCUUACCUGCAUAUUAAUGAAUGUGUCAGCGUGGAAAUGAACAUCUGUAGUAGCAAUGCUGAAUGUAACUAUACAGCCGGGUCUUACACUUGUACGUGCAACGAUGGUUACGUGGGUGAUGGUUUAAUCUGUGAAGAUAUAAACGAAUGUUUCAUUAACAAUGGUUGUCAUGAGCAAGCCACAUGUUUCAAUGUCAUUGGGUCGUAUAUGUGUGAAUGUCGAACUGGUUUCAUAGGAGAUGGAUACAACUGCAUAGAUUAUGAUGAGUGUGCUGACAAUGCGAUGCUUUGGGGAUCAGGUGCCACAUGUGUAAAUUUACCAGGGACGUACGAAUGUGUUUACAUCGACGAAUGUCUGCUUGGCAUCAGUGAAUGUACUCAAGUAUGUAGUAAUUCUGUUCCACUCUAUACUUGCUCUUGUCAAGACAGUUUUCAACUUGAAUCAGAUGGCGUGACGUGUACCGAAAUAUCACCGUGCGACGUUAACUGUGAAAACGGAACUUGUUACAAAGGAAAUGAAGUAGAGGAAUGUUUGUGUAAUUUGGGUUUUGAAUUAACAGACAAUUCAACCUGUAAAGAUAUGGAUGAAUGUGCUGGAAACAACACCUGUGAAAUGUUUUGUUCAAAUUUGAUUGGUGGAUAUGAAUGCAGUUGUUCAGAAGGAUAUGAGCUUGACUCUGAUUUCAGAACAUGCAGAGAUAUUGAUGAAUGCUUGGCUAUAAAUAAUUGUUCAAGCAAUGCAAUUUGUGGAAACACAGAAGGAGGAUACAACUGCACGUGUUCAAGUGGAUACAUUGGUACUGGGUAUGAAUGUUAUGGGCACCGGGAUGGUUCAGAUUUUAGCAAAAUCUAUGAAUACCGUAUAGAGAGCAAUAAACAAUUUCCAGAUAUGGAGAAAACAUAG